AUGUUCCAUGCAAACAAUCUUUCCAGCGGGCGAGGCGAAUGCCCGCCGUCAACUGCCGCAAAUCAUGCAUUGAAAUUUCAAAAGCAAACGGGAUCAAGAACGGUGGUUACCUUGAAAUACGGUAUCCCAUUCAACGCCCACGUUCGCCUCCCGCUUCCACGUAGUCCCUUUCCAAAGGCCGAUUGGAUAAGCCGGAACAGAAAAAUUCAACAAGGGCGAAACCGAGACCAGUCUCAUCGACGACUAUUUGACGCGUUGUCAGGGCCCAGCAUUCUGCGCCGAUCGGGCCUCUUGACUGCAAUGAACCCCGUCAACAUUCCAAAGAAAAACAGCCGCAACAUUCGCCAUCCACCAUUCCCACAUACGGUCGAGAUAUCGCUUGAUCCCACGGGCGCCACCCGCCCCUAUCUCGGCUUCAACUUCACCCACAGCGCACGCAGUUCCGUCGGCGACGCCAUCAAAGCGGCGGCCUUCCACGCCAACACCCCGAUGAUGACGUACCACAACAGCCGAAGCAAGACCGUCUUCGUGCCUUGCCCGCAUGGUCUGAAGCGCGUAUACUUUGCCCGCGCGGGCAACGUCGGCUUGGAGUUCGAGACGGAGGCCAACUUGAGGUCGUUUCAGGCUAGCAUCUUAGGCGUGGGCCACGCGAUGAUCAAGCAGGAUCUGGGCCUGUUCAGGCUUUACCUUGGCGACAAGGUCAGAGAAGUGGCAAACGCAGUUACGAGACGAGAGAUCAACUCCGGCGAGCUCAACGCGGCGGGUGUUGAAGGACAUCAGAAUGCAAAUUCCAUCGCGACAUCGGGUGCGCCCUCGUAG